AUGAGAUUUUCUCUUGUUGUUUGUUUGUUUGCUAUUACUACCAUCGUGUUUGCACAGAUUAAUACAGACGAUACUUCUUUAUUUCGAGAAGUAGAGAAUGCGGUUGAUGAGAGUACAGAAGAAGAUGCAUACCGAAUAUUGAAGGGUUUACAAGAUAUGAGUGAUGAAAGCAGAGAGAAUGAAGGUAUAGAAGAUAUCAUAGACAAUGAUGAUGAAGAAGAAGAAGAAGAAGAGGAAGAAGAGGAUGAUGAUUUUUCUUCUAAUUUUCCAGAAUUCCAGAAUAAAGAAACAUCAGAAUUUUUUGAACAUUUACCUCAACCACCCACAGAUAAUCAGAACAAUGAAAUGAAGCAACAAGAAGAUGAAGAAGAACACAUUGAAGAAGAUGAAGAAGAAGACGAGGGAGAAGAAGGCGAAGAAGAAGAAGAAGAGCCUAAAGAACAACCCAAUCCCUUUCAAAAUGAUCAAUUUAUACCCUGGAAAAGACCUGAAACGAUGAUUAAAUCUGAUAAUACAUUCUAUCAAGACAUUAAUUUCAGAGAAACAACAAUCACAAAACCAUCCUUAUUUAAAACUUGGCAUAUUCUUGUUGUAUUCCUAGUAGCCAUAGGCCUUUAUUACAGACAAUCUCGCAAGUCUCAUUCAGCUGAAUCCACAUCAUGGAAUAAUAACGAAAAAGAUUAUUUGCCCUUACACAAUAACAGUAGUAAGCUACUUUAA